ACCCUACUUCGGUUGACCCUUUUGUUGGAUUUCAAAUUAAUAAAGUCAAAAUGUCACAGGAUUUACAUGGUGCAGAGUGCACAGGCGAAUCCCAUGUCUUCCACGGGAGUAUACUUCCGCUUUCUUUUGAAUUUCGCCUGCUUACAUUUCUCCAAGCAUUAUUUCUCAAACUCUCAUGCUUGUCUCCCCCCAAGAUUCCUUGUACUCACCUUACACUCAUUACCAUUCCUAUAAAAUAAUCUGUGUUACAUCAUUUACAGAUUUUUUAAUCUAUAUUUAAAUUUGCCAAUUUUGUAAUUUAGCAGCCUGCAAUUAGGGUUUUCCUUACAUAUACCCGAAUCCUGAUUCCCCAAUAAUUUCUGUGAAAAUCUACUCUAUAAAGUUUUGUUUGGGAUGAUGAUAGCUCCAUUAGAUUCAGUGGAGAACGAAUGAUAUUCAGGAUUUGAGCCUCUCAUGGCGAAUAUUCGCUCUCGCAGUGGUUUAUUGUGGAAGAAAUGGGGCCGAGAAUGUAUGUUCUUUGCGACCGGUUUUGGUUUCCUCUUAAUUGUUCUUCUUCCUAGCUUGAAUUCAUGGAAAAAGGAAAGUGAUAUGAUCCCAAAGCAUUUUCCUGGAACUUCACCUGGUGAUCUUGUGGAUUUGACUCUUUUGCAAAGCUCAAAGGUUAAAGGAGCUGUUUGUUUAGAUGGAAGCGCUCCUGGAUAUCAUCUUCAGAGGGGUUUUGGAUCUGGAUCAAACUACUGGAUUGUACACAUAGAGGGUGGAGGAUGGUGCAACACCUUGGAAUCUUGCUCUUUACGCAAAAACACUGCAUUAGGCUCAUCAACCUUCAUGGAAAAACAAGUUCCUUUCUCUGGCUUCUUAAGUAGUAACCAAUCACAAAAUCCGGAUUUCUUUAGCUGGAACAAAGUCAGGAUUCGUUAUUGUGAUGGUGCAUCAUUAUCUGGAGAGUUGGAGGAUGAAGUCCAGGGAUAUGGGCUCUUUUUCAGAGGUCAGAGAAUUUGGCGAGCUAUUAUGGAUGAACUACUUUUGAAGGGAUUGGCAAAUGCUCAAAAGGCACUUCUCUCAGGGUGCUCUGCUGGAGGUUUGGCAACAUUCAUACACUGUGAUGAUUUUCGGGCACUCUUGCCAAAGGGUGUGACUGUGAAGUGUCUUGCAGAUGGUGGUUUUUUUCUUGAUGAAAAGGAUGUUUCUGGGAAGAGGUCCAUAAAGUCUUUCUAUCAUGAAGUCGUUAGCAUGCAGGGGGUGUCAAAAAAUUUACGGAAGGAUUGUGUCUCAAGAGUCCAACCAUCUCAAUGUUUCUUCCCGCAGGAAUUUAUAACAGGCAUAGAGACCCCAAUUUUUAUAGUAAAUUCAGCUUAUGAUUGGUGGCAGAUACAAAACAUUUUGGCACCAGAUGAUGCUGAUCCUCAUAAUGACUGGCUGAAAUGCAAGCAGGACAUAUACAACUGUAAUCUAGAUCAGCUAAAAGUGCUGCAUGAAUAUAGGAGUAGCAUGCUUGAUGCUUUGGAGCCAUUCCAGCAUUCUAAAAAUGGGGGCAUGUUUAUAAAUUCCUGCUAUGCACACUGUCAGACUUGGAAGGAUAAAACAUGGCAUUCACCUGAAUCCCCAAGACUGAACAAUAAGACAAUUGCAGAGGCUGUUGGAGACUGGUACUUUGAGAGAAAAGAAGUGAAAGAGAUUGAUUGUCCAUUUCCUUGCAAUCCUUCAUGUAAUAAUGAGGUCUUCAGUUAGAUGCGAGCUUUGUGAAUUGCAAGGACAUGGUGUACUUCGAACAAUAAACAAGUUGGUAUAUGUUACUGUGUUGUUCUCCAACCAUUCGAAAAUAUGUAUUACGUAACUUUGGUAACAUGUGGCAUAUUCUUCCAUGUUACAAAUAUAGAAGUGAAUUGUCAUUAGUUUGAUAAUGUUUGGGUGGAUACAUUAAAAUUGUAGCCUAUCUAUUAUUAGAGAUGUUGAUUGUGGGUCGAAAUUUAUUCUUCCAAUGCCAAGAUCUGUCUACUUAGUAUGAA